AAAGUGGCUAGUGGCUAUAGGAACGCAUCUAUUUUGCAGACUCUUCUUUUACGGUUAUACUACACGACUGCCUCGAUAUCACAACUUAAUUGUUUGGAUACAUAUUCUCAAUUAAUUAUAAUGCAAUAUCUUCUCAAAGCUACCACUGCAAGUGCUUCCCUAUACCGGAUCAAAAUGACACAAUCUUCCGGCGACAGGGACGAGAGAAGCCGGGAAGUGGCGGCGAUGCGACCCGAGGGGUCUCCAGCCGACCAAUUUGCGCCGCUAGCGUCGGUGUUUAGGCGGCGGCUUCUUACUGGUAUCGGCACGGCUUCUCUGGUUGCGGUGGGUGCUAAUUUUGGUGGAAUCACGAGUUUCCUUCUCGGCGUCUCGCCGGAGAGCGCCCGGAGUCUCAAGCUUGAUGUGCUUUAUCCUAUCGGAGGUUACAGUCGCUGCCUUGAAGCAAAUGAAGGAUUUGAAUUUUUGUAUCCAUCAAAUUGGGUCGGAGAUCAAACGUUGUUGUAUCGAACAGCUGAGAAAGUAGAAAGAUCCCUUGAUCCACCGGCUUUGAAUAGUGGCGAAAAACGUAGACGAAACGUGAAUGAGCCUGUGGUUGCGUUUGGACCACCAGGGUCGAGUGGAGAGCUCAAUGUUAGCGUUAUUGUCUCACCCGUUCCAAUUGAUUUCUCGAUAGAAGCAUUUGGAGGAGCAAAAGAAGUAGGAGAAGCCAUUGUGAAGACCAUCACAAGCUCAACAAGCAAACGCCCACAAGUGAAGGGGACAUUGAUUCAAUCAAACAUAAGAGAAGAUUCAUUAAUGAAUGUAAAAUACUACAUACUAGAAUUCCAAGUUGAGGGUUCUUCAUUUCAAAGGCAUAAUGUUGCUGUGUGUUGUGCAAGGAGAGGAAGGUUGUACACUCUAAAUGCCCAAGCCCCACAAUCGCUAUGGCCAAUGGUCAAAUCAGAUUUAUAUAGGAUUGCUGAUUCUUUUGUUUUAACCUCUUAAGUAAUACUCCGUACUUUUUGAAACAAAGUAAUACUCCGUACUUGAUCUCACUAUAUAUCCCAAUAUAGCCAUCUAGUUUGAUUAAAA